GAAACCUACAAUUAUUAAGUAAUUCCUAAAACUUCCAAAAUGUCAAGUUGCACAAUUAGUAAUCGACAACGACAAGAGGAUGAAGUCUUAGCAAUUUCAAAUAUUUAUAAUAAUAAUGAAUUUUCUUAUAACAAAAAAGAUAUAAUACACUGCUAUUACAAUGUGUUCGUCAAUGACAGUGGCGAUUUAUUAAAACUCGAAAAUGUUCAUGAACAAAAUUUUCACUCAUUCUCUCUUUAUUUUAUCAAAUAUUUGCCACCUAUUAGAAUGUACUUAGAACUUAAUGUUGAUUAUCCUAAUGAAAGAUCACCAAAUUUUUAUAUUAUUUCUUCGUGGCUUUCACCUUGGCAAAUAUCUUUUAUUUGUCAGAAAUUAGAUGAGAUAUGGCUGGAAAAUAGAGGCCAAGAAAUAUUGUUUUUGUGGUUCGAAUUUUUAAGAAAUGAUGUCCUUAAAUUUCUGAACAUUAAAGACACAUUAGAUAUUUCAUUUAUGCAUAUGAUAUAUCAUAACAUAUCAGAUUAUUUUAAACUAAAUUCAAUAUUUCAAAAUGAUAUUAGAGCUAUAUACAGUACAUUACGUUAUGAUCCAUUACAAUAUUUACUAAGUUAUAAUAAAUAUACAGAAGAGAUUAAAUUUCAAAAUAGUUACUUUGAGUGUAUUAUAUGUUUUGAUAAAUUUUGUGGAAGACAGUGUAUAAAGCUUGAAAAUUGCGGUCACAUAUAUUGUAAAAAUUGUGUGCAGGAAUAUAUUAUUAUAAAGAUGAAGGAAGAUAAUGUAACUGGUAUUACUUGUCCUGAUUUAAGCUGCAAUGUUGAUAUUACAAGUAAUGAAGUUAAAAGACUUUGUCCAGAAUUAUUUUCACAAUAUGAAAAAGCUUUACUACGUGUGACAUUAAGUACUAUGAAAGAUGUGAUCUUUUGUCCUAGAAUUUCAUGUCGAUGUCCGUUAGUAAAAACUUCUGAUGACACACUAGGAAUUUGUACCAAAUGUGACUAUACAUUUUGUACUUAUUGUUUUAAGGUAUAUCAUGGGGUUGAAGCAUGUGCUAUGUCUUCAAAUAGCAGACUAAAACUUAUUGAAGAGUAUCGAAAUGGUAGUAAACAUCAAAGAAAACAAUUAGAAGCAAAGUAUGGUAGGAAACAGAUACAAAGAGUUGCUGAAGAACAUUUAACACAAGAAUAUUUAAAGAAAUAUACUAAGCCAUGCCCAAAUUGUGCAACUAUGGUUGAGAAAAUUGAUGGAUGCAAUAAAAUGACAUGCCCUUAUUGUCACGCUUAUUUUUGCUGGCUUUGUGGAAUGCAUAUUACUACAAAAAAUCCAUAUGAUCAUUUCUUGUCUCGUAAUAAUAAUUGUUAUCGACGUUUAUUUUUGGAAGAGGAAAAUAUUGAACUAUAACACAAAGAAAGAAUAUAUUUUUAUUAAAUGAGAAUUAACAGCAUCUUUAGGCAUAUGAACCUCAACAGUAGCUUCUGUUACAAACUGUUCCGUGAUAACAGAGACUGUUAAUUCAUCUCCCUGGCAAUGUACUAUGUUAUCUAAAAAUAGUUAUAAAUGUUAUGAGAUUUCUAA